AAAGAGGGGCCGGAUUAUUGCAAAAAUUCGAGCGUUGGGAAGGUUCCAAUUGGCCUUUUUGCUUUCUAGGAUGCCGUGCAUCGACAAAUUGCCGGAUCGAGUUCUUCAUUUAAUCUUUUCAUAUCUACCAACAAAACAAAUGCUCAAUGCAAGCAGAGUUUGUAGACGAUGGAAGGCAAUUAUAGAAAGUCCGGGAUUGUGGACAAAUAUAUCUUUUAGAGUUGCCCAUGGAGGAAUUCAAGUAACCAAUCUAGAACAUUUUACUCAAUUAAUACCUAUACGUUUCACUGAGCUUCGUUCUUGUGAAUUAGCAACAGAUUUAAUUACCCCAAAUAUUCUUCACGAAUUUUCCAAUCGCUGUCCAAAACUUCAAUAUUUAACUCUCGACUUUUCUACAGCAAUGCAACUCCAUGAUUUUAAUGAUCUCCAAUCAUUUCCCAGUAGAUUGCGUUCCUUGACUAUUUGUUUAAGUGAAAAUAUUUUUCUUGAAGCAAAUAGGAAGGCGGGAGAUGGAACAACCCAUUUUACCGAUAACUUGACACUUUUGACUAAUAAUUUAUUUUUUAAAGGUUUUUUGCGGAAAGUUUACACAUUCAUUUCGAGCGUUGAAAUUCUGCAUAUUAUUGGAACCUACGAAAAAGUGGAGGAUGAGGAAGAAGAGGUUUAUGAAACGGUUAAUGUAUUCAAAUUGAAGCAAUAUUUGCCUAAUUUAACUGUGGUUCCUUUUAUUACCGAUGACCAUGUAGACGCUCUAUCUUCAAAUUGUGCCCGUUUACAAUGUUUAUGUAUUAACUAUUGUACUAAAGUUACUGGAUCUUGUCUUCGUUUAGUUCUUCAAAGAUGUAAAAGGCUUACAACACUCCUUUUGGCUUAUACAACAUUAGAUGACAGUAUAAUCCAGCAAUUAGAAUGGGAAAAAACGCGCAUAGAAGAAUUGGAUAUUAGAGCAACUGAAUUAAGUGCAGAAACGCUUAUUUCUUUGUUAACUAGACUACCGCAUUUACGUUGGUUAGACGCUAGCUGGCUAGAAAAUUUUACCGACCAAGUUCUCGACAGAUUUAUGGAGUCAACCACAAUAAACAAUAUUGAAUAUUUGUCAUUAGAUACUUGUGAUUCUCUCUCAGAAUUUGCUUUGACUGAUUUAGUUGCUCGUUUUGGGCAUCAAUUAAAGGCUUUAAAUUUGGGAGGGCAUGGUAAAUUACUGGAAUAUUUUUGGAUGAAUUCAAUUACCCGAUUAAACAAUGUUUGUGUGUUGGUUAUGGGGGUAGCCGAAGAUUGUUGUCCAAAGGUAACAGCAAAAAUACACAUUGACCAGUUUAUUGACUGUAUAGCUCAAAACUGCCCUUCACUAACCCGCCUAGAAAUUCGCUGGGAUGAUGGGACUUUAAGAUUUUCUGAUAAAUCGAGCAAAUUCAUCGAUGUUCUUCGAAUGAAAUGCCCAAAAUUGCAUUCAAUUGUAUUAAGUGACGGGCAAUAUUAUGAGUUAGUUAGAUCAAAUUUUGAAAGAGCUGAUCGAAUGUCAGUUGUUAGAACAACAGAAAUGUGUAGAACAGGAAUUCUUCAAUGCUCAAAAUUUUAUAAUCAAUUACUUUUUAAUUGA